CCUGCUCCGGCCGCACCUUCCCUCCUCCACAAGAGGGGCAGCGUCCGGGAUUGGGCCGUUAACCGGAGUUGCUGCUUGACGAUGCCGGGUUUGCUGUCGUGUGCGGUUCCCGCGCUGUUCGCCCUCUGCCUCCCGCUGGUCCUGGCGCUGCCCAACGGCGCGCCUCUCGGUUCCUGCACCAGCCUCAUGCCUUCACACUCCGGCACCAGCCCACAGACCUCCGACUCGCCGCACACGAUCGCUGCCAUCUAUGCCAACAACACCGUGGAAGUGAUGAUAAUAGGCGCAGAUUACCGUGGUCUGCUACUUCAAGGCCGAGAAUAUGGUGGGGAUGUUGCAGUUGGCAACUGGGCCAAGCUUCCUAAGAAUACAAAAGUAAUUUCGUGUUUCAACAUAGAAAAUAGUGCAAUCACUCAUUCAAACGCUGAAUUGAAGAGUGGCAAUACUGUCUACACCUGGAAUCCACCCCGCAAGAAUAAGUGUGGCUUGAGAGUUGAGUUUGUAGCAACUGUGGCCCAAUCCAGAGCUGUCUACUGGACUGGUCUAAAAUCUGAUGAAAUCAGUAUGAACUGCCGCAAUUCAGUGGGGACCUUGUCUGGAUUUGCCACGGUUGUGAUCUCUCCCCUCGUUUGGCUAACUGCAUUCUGGUCAAUGGCAAACCACCGAACAAUUAUAGUUUUGAAAUUGUAGAUGUGGAUUUCAUUCAUCAAACCUUUAAACCUGUUGAAGGCUGUUAUCAAGUUCAAAGUCAGCACUUUCAUUUCAUUUUUUAAAUUUCCAAGCGAUUCUCUGUUCAGAAGGUUUAAAAGGAUUAGGUUCACAAUUCGUUUGUUGUAUGUUUGAUUAAUAUUUGUCUACCUAAUUGUUUAUGUAAAUAUGUUCAAUUAUUUAGUUAAACUUGUGAUAUUUGCAACGUUUUCUUAAAUGGAAGUGCUGGCAGAAGAAAGUACUGCGUAAUUGCUUAAAAAGUGUGCUUCAAAUAAGAAUUGCUUGAUUUGAGAUGACAGAUGUGGUUUUAAAAAGUCAGGCUGUCAUCCAUGGAAAUAAAUCCUUAAUUGUCCUAAUCAGUACCGGUAUAUACCUUGCUAACAAUAAACACUCUUUGCUGUUUAGAGCAGCCAGCCGAAGAAACUAGCCUUUUCCCCCACAGAUACUGUCUGACCUGCCAAAUUCCUCCAGCAGUUUGCCUUUUGCACAUGGUACUGCUGCUUCUAGGCUGUUUGAAUCUGCUAUGAAACACUGUGUUUGAUCGGACAUACUGCAUUUAAGGAUGUGUUGGAAUGAAUUUCCAGAUGCCCAUCCUGCUCCAGUCAGACCUUUGAACUCUUAGUUGGGGAGGGGUGUCAGGGAAAAGAUUGUGAACUUGGAAGUAAACAUAUUAUUUGUUAACUUGAGCAAACCUGAGGGUUGAGUUGAAAAUCACUGAGUUAUAAUGGAAAAUGCCGAGCAACAAAUUUCAGACUUGAAACGUUAAAGGUUUCUCUCUCCACAGAUGCUGUCUGGGGCAGCAUAGUGGCACAGCGGUAGAGUUGCUGCCACACAGAGCCAGAGUCGCGGGUUCCAUUCUGGCUACAGGUGCUGUCUGCAUGGUGUUUGUAUGUUCUCUCUGUGACCGUGGGUUUUCUCCGGGCGCUCCGGUUUCCUCCCACACACCAAAGAAGGACAGAUUUGUAGGUUAAUUGGCUUUGGUAAAAAUUGUAAAUUGUCACUAGUGUGUAGGAUAGUGCUAGUGUACAGGGUUGGCCGAAGAGCCUGUUUCUGCUCUAUCUCGAAAGUCACAAAUCUGACCUGGUGUUCCUGGCAUUUUCCGCUAUUUGUGAUUCCCAGCAGCUGCAGCUUUCAUCAUUGCCCAAAGCCUCUGUUUUGACCAGGAAAUGUGUAGCCAUGCAAAUUGUAGUAGAUACAGAAAUGUUGGCAAUGCUCUUGUGGCAGCCAUGGAGGGAAACUUAACCCAGUGCAUUUGAUACCACUAGA